ACACUCACUCUGUUCUGCUCUUCCUCUUUCUCAUUCAAAUUCAUCCCUAAUUUCACCGCAUAAACCCUAAUUUUACAAUUCAACCUAUACAUACACACUUAUACCUACACUUCUUCACUAAUUGAUGCUCUGACUUAUCGAAAACGAUGUCGUUUCAAGGAUUUGGGAAGAGCUCAGGUCCAGGCGCUCCACCAACUUCUUCGAAUCCGUUCGCUUCAAGCUUUCCUCGCAACACUGCGCCUGCGCAACCUCUCUUUGCUCCUCCGCCUUUUCAGCCUUCCGCUAGGCGCACUGAAACUUCAGCUAAAUGGGCUAACGAGUAUCCAACUUUAAAUGAAGUAUAUAAUAGCCAAACCAAUCAAAGGGCUGCAGUAACACCGUUUAAUGCCGUGCAUUCUGCUGGAAGCCGAACUUUAAGCAAGAAUCCCCAAGUUCAAGAUCCGAAGAGAGAUAGAUCACUUCCAUCACUCUUUUCCGAUGAAGGAACUCUCCGCAACUCCACAACUUUUACUGGAAUGCCUCGUCUUCCUUCUCCUGCAUGGGCUAAUCAAAGCAAAUUUCCUACUCGAUUUACCAAUUCCAUGAAUCAACAGGAUCAAUCAUCUGUCCUUUCUAAUUCUGGCAAUUAUGAUAACGGAGGAAACUUAAUAAACAAACAAGCCCAUGUUCAGGCUCCAAAAAGAACUAGGUCUCCAGUGCAGUACGAUGAUCUGGAUGGUUUCACAGAAGAUACUGUAUCUGUACAAACUGAAUCGAAAAGAUUAAGUACGAGGUUAAGUGAUCAUUCAGGCACUCCUGAUUCUCAAUCUCAUGAGCCGUUUGCACUAUCUGGUCCGAUGUACCCUGAAGCGGCCACAUCCAAGCUAUCAGUUCCAAAAAGGAGUAGGUCACCUUCUUCACUUAUAUCGGAUAGGAAGCCUCAGGGUGAUAUUAAUGUUGCACAAGAUGAUACAGAAAGAGAAAUGCAAGCAAAAGCAAAACGAUUGGCUCGUUUUAAGGAUGAACUAAGCCAGCCAGAGCCAAGCAAUCUUGGUAUUGGAAACCAGAAGGUUCCUUCGAGGGGAUAUGAUCAGGCCAUGUCGGAUAAUCGAAAAUCAAAAGAAUCUUUGGAUUUGCCUGCAGAUAAUGCUAAUGCCAACAUUUCAACGGAUUAUGAAGGGCAAGAGUCAUCCACUAUCAUAAGUGGACUGUGUCCAGAAAUGUGUCCUGAGUCCGAACGGGCCGAAAGAGAGAGAAAAGGAGAUUUAGAUCGGUUUGAACGACUAGAUGGGGACAGAAACCAGACCAGCAAAUACCUGGCUGUGAAGAAGUACACUAGGACUGCUGAGAGAGAAGCAAAUCUUAUCCGGCCUUUGCCAAUCCUACAGAAGACAAUGGAUUACCUUUUGGAAUUGCUUGAUCAGCCUUACGAUGAUGGAUUUCUUGGUUUAUAUAAUUUCUUGUGGGACAGAAUGAGGGCAAUCAGGAUGGACUUGAGGAUGCAGCACAUAUUUAACCUAGAGGCAAUCACUAUGCUGGAGCAAAUGAUUAGGCUCCAUAUUUUAGCUAUGCACGAGCUAUGUGAAUACACCAAAGGAGAAGGCUUUUCAGAAGGAUUUGAUGCUCACCUGAAUAUUGAACAGAUGAAUAAAACGUCCGUUGAAUUGUUCCAGUUGUAUGAUGAUCACAGGAAAAAUGGCAUUGAUGUGCCCACAGAAAAAGAGUUUAGGGGUUAUUAUGCACUUCUUAAACUAGAUAAGCAUCCAGGUUACAAAGUUGAACCUGCAGAGCUCUCACUUGAUCUUGCCAAGAUGACUCCAGAAGUGCGACAAGCCCCAGACAUAUUAUUUGCCCGUGAUGUUGCCAGAUCCUGCAGAAUCGGUAAUUUUAUAGCGUUUUUCCGGCUUGUGAGGAAAGCAAGUUACCUUCAAGCAUGCUUAAUGCAUGCACAUUUUGCAAAGUUACGUACACAGGCAUUGGCUUCACUACACUCUGGUCUACAGAAUAAUCAAGGGAUUCCUGUGGCGCAUGUUGCUGAAUGGCUUGGCAUGGAGGAUGAAGAAAUAGAAGACCUCUUGGACUAUCAUGGUUUCUCAAUAAAGGAAUUUGGAGAGCCAUAUAUGGUGAAGGAAGGUCCAUUUUUGAACAACAAUGAUUCUGGGACUUCAAAGUGCUCAAAACUUGUUCACCAGAAAAAAUCAAAAACAAUGUUUGAGGAUGUAUUAUCUCCUUCUUUGAUGGAACCAGUCUCUUUGGAAGCAGUUAAAAAGAUCAGCUUGGAAAAGAUUUAUGAGAAAAGUAAUGCACCUGAUCAAAGUAAUCUGGCACAGGAUCCCCCGGUUAUUGAGGAAGAAAUGGACAGCGAACCUGUGUCUAUGCCAACAAAGGAUGUGCCAAUAAAACCAAUAUUUAAAGCCGCAGAAAUUAAUCAGCAGAAUGUCCAUGACCAUCAACCGGCUGCUCUAAAUCCUGUACCAGGAAACAUAUCUACGCCCCAUGUUUUCAGAUCUAUGGAUGAUAGAGUUAAUGAUGCUGUGACAGAUAGCUUUAAAUUUGAAUUUCGCAGCUCUUUUGGGAAAAACAAAAAUUCUGAAACAAAAACAAUGCCGCAGGACAUUGUGCCCAUAGUAGUUGAUCAAGAGAAAUUGCUGGUUCCUGAAAUUGACUUGACUAUAGAUAAUAUAGUGCCCUCGCCUCUUCAUGUUGAAGACUCAAAUGAUGUUGAAUCCAUCAGUACCUUUGAGGACUUGGAAAACAAUGAAGGUGGUAGAAGUUAUCAGGACGAAGAAAUUGCUCAGGCGAAACUCAUUCUGAUGUUUAGGAAAUGGAGACGGUACUCUUCUAAAAAACGUGAGUUGCGCAACAAAAAGGAGAUAGCGGCAGAUACUGCAUUAAGUUCUCUGUCGCUAGGUCCUUCAAUUCGAUAUUACCAGGAGCAACGGAGCACCCCUGGUGAGUUCAACGUACGUCUUGUUAUGAAGGAGCGCCAUGAUAAACAUGAACGGUCAUGGUCAAAACUGAAUGUGUCAGACGUGGUUGCUCAUAAGCUUAGUGAAAGAAAUUCAAGUUCAAAAUUCCUUUGCUGGAAAGUAGUUUUAUGUUCUCAGAUUUAUGGAUUAGAUGGGAGCUGUCUCUCAGGUUUAGCUGCAGGCUCAUGGUUGUACUCUAAGAUCAUACCUGCUGGAGAUUAUAAUGAUGAUAAUCUAUUAACUUCAUCAACUGCCCUUUCUAUAUGGAAGAAAUGGAUUGAGGGCUUCUCUUCUGAUGAGCUUAUCUGCUGUUUGUCGAUCAUCAAGGAUACCAGAUGUGAUAAUGUCGAAGAAAAUGUUUCUGGUGCUAAUGCAGUUAUGUUUAUUGUGUAUGAGUGCAUUCCAUUGGAACUACAAAAGCAGCGCCUUCAGAAUCUUGUGAUGUCUCUGCCCUCUGGUUCAAGCAUUCCUCUUUUAAUCUUAAGCAGCUCGUGCAAAAACCAUUCCAGUUCUUCCUCCAUAGCUAAUAAAUUGGGACUCGAUGAAGUCGACAAGUCAAGGAUUAGUUGCUUUUCGGUUGUUUUCCUCCUUGAGAAUCAGAGCACUGUGUUCCAUGAUAGUUUUUUCAGUGAUGCCUUAUUAAGAGAGGGAUUAGAAUGGCUGGCAAGUAAUUCACCCUCACAACCAGUUCUUCAGAGUGUUACUACUCAGGAGCUGGUCUUCACCCACUUGAAUCCUUUGUUGGACACACUUGAUGGGCGCAGUGCCUACGAAGUUAGUCCAACACACUGCAUCUCAGCAUUCAAUGAUGCUCUGAAUCAAUCAAUUGACGAAGUUGUUGCUGCAGCCGAUGCAAAUCCUUCAUGCUGGCCUUGUCCUGAGAUGGCUUUGCUAGAGCAGUCAAGUGAUGUGCAUAGAGCUGUCAAUUGUUAUUUGCCAAGGAUAGGAUGGAGUUCAGCUGCAGGAAUAGAACCACUAGUAAGUGCACUAAAACGAUGCAAUCUACCAUCCUUCUCUGAUGACAUGACUUGGUUGUUUGUCGGUUCUGGCAUGGUUGAUGAUAUUGAGAACCAGAAGUCUCGACUUGAAGAUUGCCUAACUAGAUACUUAACCCAGACAAGCCAGAUGAUGGGGUUCUCGUUAGCAAAACAAGAAGCAUAUGUGAUGUUUCAGAAGUUUUCCCGGCUUGAGCUUCAUGAGUCAACUUAUUAUAUAGUUCCGAAGUGGGCCGCUAUAUUUAGGAGGGUCUUUAAUUGGCGGUUGAUGAGUCUAUCGAAUGUGGAGAUUUCAAGAGCAUAUGUUUUGGAGCAGCAUGAUAGAGCUGUUGCAAAUUUUACAGAGUUAGACAUGGAUAUAAUCCAGGAUGAGGGUGUUGUCCCCUAUCACUCUUUAACCGGACCAUCUCUAGAUGAAGUUCUUCAAGUCAGCUGUUGCUUGCAGCGUUAUCCAGAGAGUGAAGCUUCUCAGCCUCUGCGCGUGAUGAGGUCGGACCACAUUAAAAACGUAAAUGGUACAAGGGAAAUUGAAGCCAUGGAGGAAGACAGGAGUUCCCAGCAGACUAAUAGUUUGGCUAACAUUGAUAAUAAUUGCAGCAUGAAUGCACCCAAUAAUACUAGCAGCGAGCGGGUUGCAGAUGAUGUUGCCAACGAGGCCGACAGAUUAAUCAAAUUGUUAGAGAAGUGUAAUGUGGUGCAGAACAUGAUAGACAAGAAGUUGUCAAUAUAUUUCUAGCAUUAUAGUUACUGUACACUGACAUUUACUGUAUCAUUUGUACUUGUAAAAGGCAAAAAGUGCUUCAUUUCGACUCUUA